AUGGGUGUACCUUUGGACAAAGCUUCGUUCUUAGCUUUGUUUCUCCAGACUUUGUUUUACGGCGUGUUCUUUACUUUGUACUGGUUAACAUUAUUCGUCUUAUUCAAGAAAACUGGCAUUCAACGACAACUCCUUAUCCCGGUGGCAACUUUGCUACUCUGUAUUGCAACAGCUCAUCUAAUUAUCGAUUUUGUUCGAGGGCUAGAAGCCUUCGUAUUCAAAGUGAAUACGAUUGGUGCAGAUGCCUACUAUUCAAACCUUGCUUCGCCCUUGGAUCUCGCAUCAAAGGCACUUUAUAUUACGCAAACCACUCUUGCUGAUGGUGUAGUUGUUUGGCGAUGUCAUGUGCUUAAUCACAGAAGCCGCUUUGUUGCCAUUCCUGGUUGUAUCGUGCUAGUAGUUAAUGCGGCCACCGGAUACUAUGUUGUCUGGGCCCUCUCUCGAGCCUAUGCGUUGUCCAACGUUUCCACGGCUGCUUCAGGAUGUAUCACUACGUUCUAUACAUUGACCAUGUUUGUCAGUGUCACCUGUACCAUUUCGAUUGCAUGGCAAAUUUAUCACACUCGCCGUUUCAUGCCAGGAGGCCUUGCCACCCUUUUACCCGUUUUCAUCGUCGUCAUUGAGAGCGGCGCUUUAUAUGCCACGAGUGUGCUUGCGCUCCUGAUUUCAUUCUUGGUCGGAUCCAAUGGCGAAUACAUCUUGUUGGGCGUUAUCCCUCCGAUUGUAGGGAUUACAUUCUGCCUCAUCAUUCUCCAAGUACAUUUUCACAUUGGCGGCAGCUCUCCGAUCGAACAGUCCUCUGAACUAGUAGGUGGCAUCAUCACCAGCCUCUUUCGAGGACGAAGUACACAGGACCAUAACUUCACCAUGCAACGGAUGGCUGUACACAUCACGGAGGAGACGGAAGUCGAUCAGUCUGAUAUGAUGAGCGGAAAGAGUAGCCAACCUGUCUCAGGGGGCGUCUUUCAAUUGUAGAUUAGACCACAUUCCAUUUCCCCCUAACUAGAGCCUGAGUCGGAUACGCU